GUCUGUUUCUGCACAAUCCACGUGCAAGCUGAAGGCCAAGUUCAACCUGAGCGGUUACAAAAAUGUGGAGAAGAAGAAGGUGGUCAUCGGGGGGAUGUUUCCUGUCCACAAGCGCAUCGCCUCCACCGACGGCAACACUUCCAGAGUGCCCAUCUCCUCGGGUUGUGAGGGGUUUAACUUUCGCACCUUCCGCUGGACACAGACCAUGUUGUUCGCCAUCAAUGAAAUAAACAAGAAGAAAGACCUGCUGCCCAACACAGACUUGGGUUACGUCAUCUACGACUCUUGCUUCACCAUCUCCAAGGCCGUGGAGGGCACCCUCACCUACCUGACGGGCCAGGACGAGGCCGUGCCCAACUACCGCUGCGGGAACGGGGCGCCCCUGGCCGCUCUGGUGGGCGCCGGUGGCUCCGAUCUGUCCAUCGCCACAGCCAGGAUACUGGGACUUUAUCACUUCCCACAGGUCAGCUAUUGUUCGUCGUGCUCUGCCCUGGAGAGCAAGUUCCAGUUCCCCACCUUCCUGAGGACCAUCCCCAAUGACAAGCACCAGUCCACAGCUAUGGCCCAGCUGGUGCUGCACUUCGGCUGGACCUGGGUGGGCACCAUCGCUGCAGAUGAUGACUACGGCAAGUACGGUAUCAAAGAGUUCAAGGAGCAGGUGGAGGAAGCUGGUGUCUGCAUCUCCUUCUCUGAGACACUGCCCAAGGUGAGCUCCCAGGAGGACAUCCAGCGUAUUGUUGACACUGUCGUUGAGUCCACAGCCAAGAUCAUUGUGGUCUUCUCAUCAGACGUAGACCUGAGUCCUCUCAUCCUUGAGCUGCUCCGCCACAAUGUCACCAACCGCACCUGGAUCGCCAGCGAGGCCUGGGUCACCUCCGCUCUCAUCAACCAGCCUGGGGUGAGCUCAGUGCUGGGCGGCGCUCUGGGCUUUGGUUUGAAGAGGGCUGACAUCCCUGAUCUUCUGCGCCAUCUACUGGACCUAGACCCCUACGCUGACCCACUCACUGAGGAAUUCUGGGAGACGCUGUUUAACUGCACACUGGACUAUGACAAAGCUCUGAGACGGGUUAAACAGAAGGCUAAAGAAGUUAACGGCACCCUUUCCAGGGCAGUGAGGGGGGCUCCUGUCGGGCUGUGCACAGGGAGCGAGUCUCUGGCUCAGCUCAAUAACACCUACUCUGAUGUCUCCCAGCUACGAAUCACCUACAGUGUAUACAAAGCCGUGUAUGCUGUGGCACACGCUCUGCACAACCUGGAGCACUGUGUAGAUGGACAGGGACCGUUCAGUGGGAGCAGCUGUGCUGACAUCACCAACUUUGAGCCAUGGCAGCUGAUGUAUUACCUGAAGAACGUGCGUUUCAAGGUCCCGAACACGGACGAAGAGAUCUACUUUGAGGAGGGGGAUGUGGAGGGUUUCUAUGACAUCAUCAACUGGCAGGUGAACAGUCAAGGGGAGAUAUCGUACAUCACCGUGGGACGCUACAAUGGCUCGGCAGCUCCGAGGGACAGGAUGACCAUAACCAAUGGCUCCAUUCUGUGGAACAAUGAAGUGCUGGAGCCUCCUCGGUCAGUGUGCAGUGAGAACUGUCAGCCCGGCACCAGG